AUGCAGGCCCAGAUCCGGCGGAUCGACCAGAUGGACCCCGACUCGCGGCUGUGGGAGAGCCGCCACCAGCUCGAGGAGGAGGUCCGGGCGAAAUUCUCGGAGUUCGAGAGCACCACAAUGCAGAUCGACGCCCGGGUCCGCACGGAGAAGACCGCGACGGAGGACACGCUCAAGAAGUACAACAGGCGGCUGCAGAGGCUAGAGACUCUGGAGGACUCUGUGCACAGCCUGACCUCCUCCAACGAGGAAGACACGCGCCAGUCCCUGGAGCACCUCUACGGCAGGCUGGUGGACAUGCAGCAGCAGCAGCAGGAGACCUUGCGCUGUGCGCGUACCCUUCGCCGUCCCAGGACGCGCAGGCGUCGCUCCAGCAGGGCGUCGACAUGGCCAUGUUCGAGGCCAUGGAGAGCAGGGUCACCGAGAGUUUCAACAAGCGCAUGGACAAGAUCCAGGAGGAAUUCAUGGAUGUCGCCUCGCGCCUCGAGACGCAGGAGGAGCGGUGCAAGAUCCUCCGCACGCAGAUGGACUCGAGGGAGGAGCAGCUAUCAGAGGCUGAAGGACCGGGUGGAGCGUGCAGACUGGGAGGGACGCCUCAAAGAGGUGUCCGCGCAGGUGAAGGAGAUGGACCAGUACAAGGUAUUCUUCGCAGAGCAGCAUGCCACCAUGGAUCGCCUGCAGAAGAAGAUGGACUUUCACGAGCAGUCCAUGGAGGAUCUGCAGAGAGCCUUGAAGGACAGACCGCCAGGCGCCGCCGACGCCGCUGCGCGGAGAGCCCGGCACGGCGUCGGAGUGGCAUCACGCGCUGGCGAUGCCGGGCGUCAACGGCGCGGCGCAGGCGGUGGCGGACGAGCUCCAGAGCUGCAGCGCCCGGUGCAGCUCGGCGGAGGAGAGACUGGACGAGCUGGUCUGCGAGGUCCAGGCCAUCCGGGGAGAUCUGGAGCUGGCUCCGAAGGUGACGCUGCUGGUGGACCAGCUGAAGGAGGCGGGCGGCGAAGCUGCGCGGCCGCAGGAGAAGGUCCUGCGGGAGCUCCACGAGAAGGUCGGGCGCGUGGAGGUGCGCAUGGGCCUGUCGAGCGGCAGGGGCGGGGCCGCGGAGGCCCCGCCGGCGGCCGCCGCCGCCGCGCCGCGGGCGCGGGCGGCGGCGCCGAGACGCCGCGGAGCUCGCGCGCGGUGGUCCGCGAGGUGCACCAGUUGCUCGAGUCGCUGGACUUGGAGGCGACGUUGAAAAGCAUUGGAUCCCGCGUGACGAAGGUGGAGGCCGCCACCGAGCGGCUGAAGGUGGAGAUCGAGGGGCCAGGACGGGUCGACGCGCCGAGCGUGCACGACGACUAG